AUUCACAGAAAAUACAAUUAUCAUCAGCUUUCUUUCCUCUCCAAAAAUUCAUUCAAAUCACAAGCAUCCCUUCAAGGAAGUUCUGUCCCGAAAAGCAAAUCUGUUACACCAUACAUCACAAAAACAAAGAACACAUGCUGUCCACUUGAGAGAAGGAAUUAGCAUUGCUUUUACAAGAAGAGAAUUGUACAUCUUUUAUCUACGAGCUUGUUCUAUCAAGGUUGAGCGGCAAGUGGUGUCGUGCGAGGCUGAGGGAGGAUGUUGCUGUAGUUUCAUAUAAUAAUUUCCGCUGCCGUAAUAUUCACUUAGGUGGAUAUCUUUUGAGAAUGACUCUUUAAAUAUUCUUAGCCUAAUUAUUAUGAACUCUUUUGGCAAUCGCAUUUCUAGCAAUUGAAUCUCGCAUAUACGAAUGUCUAGUAUGAAGUGUUAUCUUGUUGCCUCAGACCUCCGAACUUUUGAUCCUGGUUGGGAAGAUUUCUAUCUCAAUUGUUGUAUUUAUUAUCCUUCAAUUGCGGCACUCCUUUAUUAACAAUGUAUUACCUAAAUCUAAAAACAUAUCUCCCAUUUUAUUCUAACAAAGUCUAGCAAAUCCCCUUAAGUAGCCGUUUCUUAUUCUCCCGGGGUCGGGUUGUCACAGAUGGUAUCAGAGCAAAAGUUCUUGGCUCUGAGACCACAAGUUCAUUUAUGUUGAGUCUAGGAUAGCAUCUCUAGACUUCUAAAAGUUUAUACAUCAACUCUCAGCUCGUCGUCACACUGCCCUCAACCAAGGUACGUUAAUCAUGUUUUCAAAAUGUUUACUGAAAUGCAUGCACCAAAUGAAUAUGUUAUAGAACAUGUUAAGAUUGAAUAUGCAUUGAGAUGGAACAUGCAUUAUGAUUGAACUUGCAUUGAGAUGAACAUGUAUUGAGACUGAAUAUGCAUAGAGACGGGACAUGCAUUGAGACUGAACAUGCACUGAGACAAGACAUGCAUUGAGACGGAACAUGUAUUGAGACUGAACAUGCAUUGAAACAUAGCAUGUAUUGAAACUAUAAACGCAUUGAGGCUGAACAUGCAUUGAGAUAGAAUAUACAUGCUGAGACUGAACAUGCAAUAAGAAUUAAUGUGUUUUAAGAUUGAAUGUAUUGAUAUGAAUUGUGACUGAACAUACACUGAAGCGGAUCAUGUAUGGAGACGUCCGUACACUGAAACGCAACAUGUAUGGAACCUUAACCUAUAUUGAGACUAAACAUGAAUUUAAGAUUGAAAACAUUUUUAUCAUGCAAGACUAUGUGCUAACUUGAUUUUAAUAAGCAAAUGUUGCAUAACUGCAUGAUAUACAAUUUAUUACCAUGAGAUGAUUCAACCACUAUGUGUUAUUACAAUUUUAGUUAGGUUAUGAACCUAGAAAGGAUAUGAUGACAGACUAUAGUCGCUUAGUGAACUGAUGAAGGAUGUCUUUAGAUUUUUAUGAUCAGAGGAUUUUAGAGGACAUGAACAGACUAGAAAUAGAAAGAACUAUACAUUGAAAGCACUGAACAUAGACAGAGAGAACAUAGAAAGUAUAGAAUGACAUAACAUAGAAAGAUGAUCAAGGAAGGGUAAACCAUAUAUAGAAAGUCAGAAUACGAAAGUUAGAAUAUCAAAGCACGAUACAUGAAAGGAUGACUUGUAGACAACCAACGAUCGUUUCAGACAAUAGAAGGAUCCUUAUGUCACCAGUAUCACGGAUUUUUAUUAGAAAGAAUGAAGAAGGAGUUCAACAUUAUUAAUUGAAUACAUAAUGGCUGGAGAAGGAGAAAGAGGACCUAACCCUGAAGGACAUGCGCCACGAAUUAUACCAGAGCGAAGUGUGGAAGAAAGGUUUCGCAAGCAUAAUCCACCAACUUUUGAUGGGCUCGGUGAUCCUCUGGAUGCCGAGAGAUGGGUAAGAGCUACUGAGAGGAUACUCAACCACGUUGGCUGUGGGGAUAGGGAGAAACUCACAUGCGCAAUUUUCCAACUCGUUGAUGAGGCUGAAUUCUGGUGGGAAUCAGUGCGACGAACCUUGACCCCCGAGCAAUGGGAGGUGUACACGUGGAAUGAUUUUAAAGAAAGAUUAUAUGAAAAGUAUAUCCCUGGAUGCUAUAGGAAAAAGAAACAGGAUGAGUUUUGGAAUUUACGACAAGGAAGUAUGACGGUCACAGAGUACGACCAAAUGUUUAACCAGCUUUCGCGAUAUGCUCCCCAUCUAGUUGACACAGAUGAGAAAUGUGCAGAAAAGUUUCGACAAGGUCUGCGGCUUGAGAUAGCCGUUCCACUAGCAAGUCAGGGAGCGCUAACAUAUACUCAAUCUUUGAGCAGGGCCCUAAACAUCGAAGCAAUACUACCAAAAGAAAAAGAGAGUGUGUUAGCACAAGCACCGACCCAAGACUAUGGAAAAAUGAAACGUAAAUGGGAAGACGGAAAUGAAGGAAACCUAGAAAAAAGAAAGCAACCAUGGAGAGGAAAUCGACAACAACAGCAAGGACAUGCGGAAGGAAAGCCGUUAUGUCCAACAUGUCAGAAAAAUCACUAUGGUGAAUGUAAGAUAGGUUCCAACGACUGCUUUAGGUGCAAGCAACCAGGGCAUUUCGCCAGAGACUGUCCAAACAAUAAUGAGAACAUGAGAAUUCCACAACCUCAUAACUUUGCCCCUCAAGGACAGAAUCAGGUACCAAUUGGCAAUGAACGACCAAAUCAGAGACAACCUGGACGUGCUAAGGCUUAUGCUCUUAACCAGCAACAAGCAGCCCAAGCACCUGAAGAUUUAGAAGGUACAAUCGUCAUAAAUUGACGUAUCUGCUUUAACAUCAAGAGCUUCACACUUUUAUCUUUACAUGCAUGUUAAGUUUAAAGCCUAUGGUGGUGGAAGCUUUCGAGAUGAUAUAUAGAGAAUAAUAAGGAAGCAUGACACGUUAGUCAUACUGGGAUUCAAAAAAAAAAAAUGAGAAGAGAUUGAUGGACAUAUUCGAUCGAAAGAUCAAAACUUUAUGGGGCAAGCGGAUUUAUUCUGCCUUUAUAGAAUCACUACGAACGAGAAAGUAUGUGUAGACUAGAAGUCGAGUUUGCUAGCCUAGGUAUACCAAAUUUCGAGGAUGAAAUUUUUUUUAGGGGGGAAGGAUGUAACACCCCGAUUUUUCCUAAUAGGAUUUCCCGAUAAUACUUGAACUUAGAAUAUUAUUUAAGUGAAUUCUCGCCCGGAUAAAUUUUUUGUUGAAAAACAAAAAAGGGUAUUUCUUUUAAUGAAAGAUUUUAUUAAAUUUUACCAAGAGAGAUUAAAUGCAAAUACGUGACUAUGUGAAUAUAUUUCAUAUUACAUUUUUUUUUUCAUUUACUUUUAAUUUGAAUUGGACCUAAAUAGAAUUAUUAUACUAACUUAUCUAGUUUGGGUCUUACUUAUUUUUGAAUUAAGAUUAUGUGUAUUUUAUAAGCCCAUUUUGAUCCAUAAAUUUUUUUAAUUCAUGUCAGCCCACAUGCCUCAUUAAAUUUUGUAGAUUUUUAACUUUUGUUUUUGUAGAGAGAUUUAUGUGUUACUUUGGCAGCAGCCACUUGUCCAUAGUCAUCAAAAAUUCAACCACGUUUCACUCUACCAUUCACCACUUCUUAAGCCAAUCAUCUUACAUGCAAAUUUUCCUUUCCACAAUAAACUUGCCAAAACUCAAAGAUCAGAUCAUUCACAGAAAAUACAAUUAUCAUCAGCUUUCUUUCCUCUCCAAAAAUUCAUUCAAAUCACAAGCAUCCCUUCAAGGAAGUUCUGUCCCAAAAAGCAAAUCUGUUACACCAUACAUCACAAAAACAAAGAACACAUGUUGUCCACUUGAGAGAAGGAAUUAGCAUUGCUUUUACAAGAAGAGAAUUGUACAUCUUUUAUCUACGAGCUUGUUCUAUCAAGGUUGAGCGGCAAGUGGUGUCGUGCGAGGCUGAGGGAGGAUGUUGCUGUAGUUUCAUAUAAUAAUUUCCGCUGCCGUAAUAUUCACUUAGGUGGAUAUCUUUUGAGAAUGACUCUUUAAAUAUUCUUAGCCUAAUUAUUAUGAACUCUUUUGGCAAUCGCAUUUCUAGCAAUUGAAUCUCGCAUAUACGAAUGUCUAGUAUGAAGUGUUAUCUUGUUGCCUCAGACCUCCGAACUUUUGAUCCUGGUUGGGAAGAUUUCUAUCUCAAUUGUUGUAUUUAUUAUCCUUCAAUUGCGGCACUCCUUUAUUAACAAUGUAUUACCUAAAUCUAAAAACAUAUCUCCCAUUUUAUUCUAACAAAGUCUAGCAAAUCCCCUUAAGUAGCCGUUUCUUAUUCUCCCGGGGUCGGGUUGUCACAAUCGGUGUGUGAAAAGGCAUGAAGAUUCUAAUUUGAUCGAUCGGUGCACUAUAUUGUGAAAAUGUGCAAAACUGAACUUUUGGAAAUUGAAAGAGGAAACUGGAGAAACAAAAAGAUUAAGGUUUCAAACUCUUU